AUGGAGGGCUCAGAUCAGCCGCCAAUUAUAGAGACGGCUUCCGCAGAGAAGGACAGGCAUCGGGAUGGCACGAAGACCAUCCACGGCUUCCUUGUGACGAAGACCGUUCUUGGAGAGGGAUCCUUUGCAAGAGUCAAGCUCUGUGUGGAAGAGAGCACUUCCACCGAGUUUGCAAUCAAGGUUUUUCGGAAACUGCUCCUGCGCAAGAAACGUGAGUUCAGACGCUCCGAUGAUGGCGAGGGCAUGACCGUCCGCACAACCCUAGACAAGGUUUACGAUGAGAUUUCGCUGAUGAAAGCGGUAUCUCAUCCAAAAUGUGUUCGCCUGCAUGCGGUUCUGGAUGAAGCUGCUCCUAAUGGCAAGCUGUAUGUGGUCUUGGAGUACAUGCCUGCUGGUCCCUCUAUGGAUUGGGAUAAAUCAGAAUGCCGCUUCCAUGUUCAGACGGGCAGUCAAAUUGACGAGUCGAUGGCGCGGAGCUACGUGUCUGAUACCCUGCAGGCUUUGCACUAUCUGCAUGGCAAGCUGAUUGCGCAUCGAGAUGUGAAGCCACAGAAUCUUUUGCUGGAUGGCCGCGGUGGCCUCAAGCUCGGCGACUUCGGGGUGGCGAUUCAGAUGCCCGAGGACUGCGUGAUCCAUGGAACCGAGGGCACAUACGAGUUCUUCUCUCCAGAGAUGUGCGCGACAGGCUACAAAGGUCACGACGGGCGGCAUGCCGACAUCUGGGCAACUGGUAUAUCCUUGUGGGCAUUCCUCUUCAGUUCUUUACCCUUUCUCCACAAGGAGCUCUUGAAUCAUGCGUUCUGA